GUUUAUUCCGUCUAUGUUAAAAGUUAAUUGGGCCACAAUAACUGUUUGAUAAAAUGUCUCAAUGGAGUUGGUUUCUGAAAGCUGACUUAAUUACUUCGGUAGAAUCUUAGAGUGGGUUUGUACAAGUGAGAAGCACUUCUGGAGAAGCUUGGUGCCCAGUUAGAAAUCAUUGCUUUAAUCAAGUAUUGAUAAUUGAUAAUGGUAAUUGUUUUUCAAAUGUCAUAUCUGAGAAGAGUUUGUUGCCGUUGUGCUUUUAUGGGAUUAUACUGGUAUUGUGGUAGUUUUGAAGUAGAUAAAAUGGUGAAUGCAGCGCGCUUGUUUAAAUUAGCUAUUUAUUGUGAUCAAUUGAUAAAAGUUACCCCGCUUAAAUUGACAGAAGUUAGUGAAGUCUAGCUAUUUGAAGGGCGAAGAAAAACCCCAUAUGAAGAACAACUAAAAUAAAAUAAAUAAAUAAAAAUCUAGCCAAUACAUUACCAUCUUCUUUAAUUCCAAAACCCAAAGUAGUUUAGCUUGCCGAGCACAAUUACAAAAAUCAGGACCAAAUCUAGAAACCCAGCUCUGGUGACGGCCAGCUCCAACGAGGAGUAGACCAGCGAUUCCAUAGAUGGCUUAUAGAGGGCGUGGACGUGGUCGCGGGUUUGGAGGUGGUGGCUUUAGCUAUGCUAAACAAGAAGUUUUUGAACUCUUUCCUGAUAUUGAAUUACCUAAUAGCAAAAAUGUGCCAGUGGACAAGAACUUAAUCAUUUGGAAUUCAAGGCUGCUGAAUUAUUGGAAGUCUUCUCCUUACUAUCUUGAAGAAAAUGUUGAAAAGAAUAGCCAAAGCAUGGACAUAGAAAGAUUUUCUGACUUGAAUAAGCCAAGGACCUCAACAACUCGUGAUUCAAUUGACCAAAUUCUACAGCUCACAGCAAAUAAUUUUCCUCAAGAACUGAUCAAAGGUUCAAGGGGACAGCGGAGCUCAAAAAGAGUGCGAUGGAAGACAGAUGCAGGCCUGCAGAGGUUAGAUCUCUUUGAAAAACUUGAACAGAAAAAUAAGGGUGAAGAGGAAAAAGAUGAAAAGGAAAAGAAAGAAGGCGAAGACAAGGACGAGGACGAAGAUGAUGAAGAAGCAGCCGGAGAAGCUGAUGAAGAAUUCAGUGAUGAUGGAGAUUAUAAUCAGAAUGUUGAUUUUGAUGACGAUGAAGAUGAUUUUAACAUGGACGAUGGGAAUGAUGAUGAAGCAACAUACUAACUGCUAUGUGGUAAAUUUUUGCCUGCCCUGAUCUUCCAACCAUCUCUUCUAGCUGCAAAUUCUGCAGAAAGAAUGAUGUGGCUUGUUUUGUCACAGCCACCUUGUAAAUUUACUGCAAGAAAUUUUGGUAAAAGCUUAAUGCUUUGAGUAGGAGGAUUUUUACAUUAUUCUUCAAAUUUACGGUCUAGCAAAUUGAAUCAUGGCCUUAGUUCAGAGCUUGCGUAUUAUCAGUAUGCGUAAAAUUCA